UCAGUCGGGCUUUACCUCCAACUUCUCCUCUCUUCCACUCUCUCAGUGCCGUCUUAUUCACCUUAUCCUCCGUUUCCCGUAUCGAACGGAAUUUCUUCCACGUUUUCCCCAUCCGAUCUCCAAAGUGCAUCAACGACACAAUACCCAUACCUUUUGUUCUUCUUCCCCUAUAUACUAUAUACAUGCGCCUUGGUGCAACGGCACCACCACCAGCUGUGAUCGUGCACGGAGUUGACGCGUUUCGGGUUUGAACGACCGCGCUACUAUGUGCAAUAAUAGUACAGCCACCGAUACUCGUAGCUUCGGAGGCGCUAGCUCGUGACGUUUAUACUAUUGUUGUGCGUGCACAGGUACACGGACUUUUUAGUGCGUUGGGUGAUUUUUUGUACCGUUGCAAAUUAUUAGUGGACAUUGAAAGAGGACGAUUAUGGCCUAGUCAUCGGAAUUUUCGGACAAAGUUUAAGUGCCGGCUGUUGUAGGUGUGAGAGCAGGAGGGAAAAAAAAAAGAAAAAAAUGGAAAAGAUGACCGGAAGGAGAAAUUGUCCGUCGAGCACGUCCAUGGAAGUGCAGGAGCUGAUGCAGUCGAAACGGGAGCCGGUCGAGGCGAUGAGCUUGCGACAAAUCGUUUACGAGCCAUCGGUAGCGGCGCACGACCAGCUGAGAAAUCCGAAUUUCGAUCGCAAGUCAGGCUUCGACUCCGAGGAGAGGGUCAGCAACUUUGAGGGCCGGCGCAUGGUCACGCAAUCAGCUGUUUCGAGUGAGUGGUCGUCGCCGUGUCAGUACAUGGCCAAGGCCGAAGUCCGGGACUCGCCGGUCUCGCCCGCGGCGCCCGACUGCCAGGACUACGAGGACUUCCAGUACGACUGCCACGAAGUUAACGUAAUCGACGGCGAUCAUCGGGUGGACGUGGAUCAUUUCGAUCUCUUGAAAAUAUUAGGUUCCGGAGCGUACGGCAAAGUGUUUUUGGUGCGGAAACGCACGGGCGUCGACGCCAACAAACUCUACGCCAUGAAGGUACUGAAAAAGGCUGGGAUCAUUCAGAGGAAAAAAAUGAUCGAGCACACGAAGGCCGAGCGGCAGAUUUUGGAAGCUGUUAGGGACAUGCCAUUCAUUGUAUCACUGCACUAUGCAUUUCAGUCGGAAGAAAAGCUUCACCUCAUACUGGACUACGUGAACGGUGGCGAACUGUUCACGCACCUAUUCAGAGAGAGCAGGUUCGAUGAGGACGAGACGCGAUUUUACAUCGGCGAGAUCGUCCUUGCCAUAGAACAACUGCACAGACUGGGAAUAAUCUACCGAGAUAUCAAACUAGAGAACGUGCUGAUAGAUAAAGACGGCCAUAUCGUACUAACUGAUUUUGGCCUCAGUAAAAAAUUGCUGCCGCACGAGCGUACCGGGCAUGUGAGAACAUAUUCCUUUUGCGGUACACUAGAAUACAUGGCGCCCGAAAUUAUCAAAGGGCAGGAUGGCCAUGAUUUCGCAGUGGAUUGGUGGGGCAUCGGGAUCCUCACCUACGAGCUCAUGACCGGGGUCUCACCCUUUUCCCCGGAACAAAACAAAAAACCUAACACCUCAACGGUAUCGCAGCGCAUCCUCAAAUCCGAGCCGUCGUAUUCGGACUUAAUAAGCCGGAACCUCAUCAGCUUUAUCAAAAGCUUGCUGAUAAAAGAUCCACGAUCGCGACUGGGAAGCGGUCCCAGGGACGCCGCAGAGGUCAAAGAACACAAGUUCUUUAGUCACGUUAGCUUCGACUGGGAGGCGCUUGCGAGGCGCGAGGUACCACCGCCAAAAAUUCCUGAAAUUAUCCACGAGCUUGACACAAGCAACUUUUCAGAAGAAUUCAGCAAGAUCGACAUCACCGAGUACGACGGCAAAGUCUUCCGGAAUACCUUUCGGGGAUACACUUACGUAUCACCCAUUAUCAUCCAAAAUACGAUGCUGGACGAUAUGAAUCCUCUGCUGGCAAACAGAUCGCCAAUGUCACCACAGCCAUUGGUGAACCCCCGGCGCUCGGCCCUUGAGGCCCAUCUACAUUACGAAGAAUCAAGUUUCUUCGUGAAGUAUGAAUUUACAAAUAGCGAGAUACUUGGCGACGGGACCUAUUCGGUGUGCCGGCGCUGUCGGGAUCGCGAAAGAAAAAUUGAAUACGCCGUAAAAAUAAUGUCGAAGCGCGAUAUCCAGUAUCGGCAGGAGCUGGAGCUGUUGAGUGCGUGCCAAGGCCACCCAAAUAUCGUCAAACUGAUAGACGUGCACGAAGACAGCGCGUACGUGUAUGUAGUCACAGAGCUUCUAGCGGGUGGCGAGCUACUGGCACCGGUCAACAAAAAAAGGAGAAGCACGGAAAGUCAAGCCAGCGAGAUAAUGAGGCACCUGGCCUCCGCGGUCAAGUACAUGCACGAGCAAGGCGUCGUCCACGGGGACAUAAAACCUGAAAACGUCAUAUUCAAGAACCAAGGUGACGAUCUCACGGUCAAGAUAAUCGAUUUUGGAUACGCCCAGUUGAAGAACGCCUGCCAGCGAAAGCGGACGCCCUGCUUCACGAUACCGUACGCGGCGCCCGAGGUGAUAUCGCGCAACACAGGCUACGACGAGCGUUGUGACGUGUGGAGCCUCGGGGCAGUCAUGUAUGCAAUGCUCUCGGGCGAGACACCGGCCCAAAUAGCCCGAAGUGGUGACUUGGCCUACCGCAUCAACCAGCGCGACAUAAACUUCGACAGCCCGAAGCUGUGCCACAAGCUCUCGGCUCCCUGCCGCGGGGUUCUCAAGGGCCUGCUCUGUCUCGACGCAAACAAACGCAUGGGCUUGUCCGACCUGAUGCAACACCCCUGGGUACUCGGCCCGUACGCUAACUGCCAGGAAGUGCCCGACCCCUACUGGCUGAACGACCUCCAGGACAAAGAGCAGAGGCGCUGCAAGGAAUUGUUAAAAGUCCCCACCGUUCACAACUGCGCGGACAAGCUCAACCCAAAGUUACAAACUAGAGCCGAGCCUCUGGACUGCAAGCUCUGUGGUUUGGCUCACAAAAAGACUAGCGACCACCAACCAGGACACAAAGCAACAUUGCAUGCCCAGAACUGCAACCGGGAGUACCACAUGGGGAAGCCAUGCACCACAAGAAAGCGAACACGCUCCGGCUCGGUCGAGUUGGUGGAGGAUACGUCGUCCGGGCCCUGUAUCGCUUUAACCGGAGCAGCAGAGCCGAGCAGCACGAAGAAACGAAAGUACUCCGGCUCGAUCGAGUUGGUGGUGGAUGCGUCGUCCGGGCCCUGUAUCGCUUUAACCGGAGCAGCAGAGCCGAGCAGCACGAAGAAACGAAAGUACUCCGACUCGGCCGAUUUGGUGGUGGAGGAUGCAUCGUCCGGGCCCUGUAUCGCUUUAACCGGAGCAGCAGAGCCGAGCAGCACGAAGAAACGAAAGUACUCCGACUCGGCCGAUUUGGUGGUGGAGGAUGCAUCGUCCGGGCCCUGUAUCGCUUUAACCGGAGCAGCAGAGCCGAGCAGCACGAAGAAACGAAAGUACUCCGACUCGGCCGAUUUGGUGGUGGAGGAUGCAUCGUCCGGGCCCUGUAUCGCUUUAACCGGAGCAGCAGAGCCGAGCAGUACGAAAAAACGAAAGCGUUCCGGCUCGAUCGAGAUAGUUGGGGAGUUUUCAUCCGGGCCAGUGACACGAUCGCGGAAGAGGCGCUUGGAGCAAGCCCAUUCGUCCGCGAUCAGUGACAAUUUGGACAGUAGCCACCAUUCGUGUUUCCGUGUGACGAUCAAAUCGUCCAAGAAGGCUAGGCCUGUGAAAAAGGCCCGUCACGACGUCCCAACUAUUACUAUAGACUAACGAUACUGUACUAAGUACGAUGAAGUGCGAAGAUUAUGUUUGAUACGAACCUUCGUAUACCCAGUAAGGAACGGAAAUUAGGUGAAGCCUAUAACUCGAGUUCGGUAGUGAAAUAGUGUUUCUUAACUAGGGGUGUUUUUCGUGACGAUUGGACAUUUACUGCGCCCUUGGGUAGACAAAACAGUGUUCGCCACGGAAGCUUUUUUUUAAGUCUAUACGCCAACAAGCAGUUCAGUAUCAUUUUAUAUUCUGCAUAAGAUUUCCCAAAUUCCCGGUACUUUUUUAUUGUAGUAAGCAAACUGCUUUUUUAUAACUAUGUUUAUUAUAUUAUUUU